UUGGCAUUUUUGUACGUUGAAAACGUGUUUUUUAUGAGAUAUAUAAAACUCCGCCCUUCGAACAUUCAGUUCAGCCAGUAAGUAAGGAAAUGCGGUCCAAAAGAGAAACUGAAACUUAACGGUCAUUUUAAUAACGGAGGAGAAAGAAUCCCCAGGAAAAAAGGAAUUAAAUUAAAUGUAAAAAACGGAGUAAACAGUCUGUUGUGGAGUGGAACUGAGGUCUGCCAAUUUGGGUCAGAACCCACUUGUGAAUCUGAUCUGGUAUGUUCAGGUGUCCUGAGACAGGGGGCGCUAUUUCUAAAAUGACUUCCUCAGAGGAGAACGAGACUGACGAUGGAACCCACGGCCCUGCGAGAAAGAGGGUCCGGGUAAAGAGGGCAGGGUCACCUGUACCCAGCUGUCUGCCUAUGAAGAGUGACCCUUCAAUGCAUCAUCCAAUGUACUUCAGUGGAGAGUUCACAGGUGAUCAAAGGGUCCAGGUAGGUUGGGCUGAGUCACCUGUACCCAGCUGUCUGUCUAUGAAGAGUGACCCUUCAAUGCAUCAUCCAAUGUACUUCAGUGGAGAGUUCACAGGUGAUCAAAGGAUUCACUGCUCACUGGAUUUAAGUCGUUCAAAUGAGAUGAGUUCAGACAAACUGUUCUCCACAAAACAGGGCUCUCCGGUCCAGAGAGGAGCAGUUCCCGUACCAGACGGCGAUGUUCCCCAGCAGGAUUCACUCAAUGGUUGCAGAGUAGAAGGUUUUCAGGAUCUUCUUGGAGACUCUGAACGUCCUCAGCUGUCUGAGGUGAUACAAGCUCUGCCUUGCCUUUCUCACCACAGUGUCGGUGUGCAGUGUCCAUGUCAGGUCCUCUGUGAUGUGGACACCGAGGUACUUGAAAUUUCUCACCCUCUCUACCGGUGACCCAUUGAUCUGUAGAGGGGUGUCGGUCCUCAGCUGUUUCUUCUUACAGAAGUCCACCACCAUCUCCUUGGUUUUGCUGACGUUCAGGAAGAGACGGUUGUCCUGGCACCACAGUGACAGGUCUGCCACCUCCUGGAGAUAGGCUUUCUCGUCGUCGUUGGUGAUCGGGCCUACCACCACUGUGUCGUCAGCAAACUUGAUGAUGGUGUUGGACUCAAACCUGGCCUCACAGUCAUGUGUGUACAGGGAGUACAGCAGAGGGCUCAACACACACCCCUGGGGGGCUCCAGUGCUGAGGGUGAGGGGGUUUGAGGUGUGCUUACCCACUCUAACCAGCUGAGGUCUGGCAGUCAGGAAAUCCAGUAUCCAGGCACAAACGGAGAUGUUCAGUCCCAGGUCAGUCAGUUUAGCAGCCAGUCUGGAGGGGACUGCGGUAUUGAAAGCUGAGCUGAAAUCAAUGAACGGCAAUCUUACAUAGCCCCCCCUCUGUUGUCGAGGUGAGAGAGUGGCAUGCAGAACCUGACAGACCACAUCGUCCGUGGAUCUGUUGGGGCGGUAAGCAAACUGCAGAGGGUCCAAGGUGCUGGGAAGAGAGGAGCAGAUGUAGUCCUUGACUAGCCUCUCAAAGCACUUCAUCACCACCGAGGUGAGUGCUACCGGGCGGUAGUCAUUCAGGCAGGCUGGGGAAGCGUUCUUGGGUACAGGGACAAUGGUGGACCUCUUGAAGCAUGUGGGGACAAUGGACUGGGCCAGGGAGAGGUUGAUUAUGGUGGUGAACACAGGAGCCAGGAGAUCAGCGCAGGUCUUGAGGACUCGUCCGAGAUUCCGUCUGGCCCUGCUGCUUUCCUGGUGUCCACCCGUUUCAAGGCUCCCCUCACAUAGUGCUCUGACAGGACAAGUGAGCUUGCAGCUCCAGGGGGGGAACUCGUGUUAUACACGCUAACUGCGCUAGCCGCCGGGCUAAUGUUAGCAUCGUUAGCCUUGAAACGUGCAUAAAAAGAGUUCAGCUCCACUCUGUCCUUGUAGUGAUGCUUCGCAUCCUUGAUUGCUCACCUCAGCCUGUAGGACACCGCCUUGUACUCCGUCAUGUCCCCAGACACCAGUCCCGCGUUAUAGGCAGUGGUGCGUGCGUUCAGAGCAACGUGGAUGGAUCUGUCAGCCCACGGUUUCUGGUUAGGAAAACACUUAACUUUCACCAUAGGGAUACCACCACCGUUGUAAUGAAGCCGGUCACCACUUCCGUAAACACGUUGACGUCAUCAGAGGUGGACUGGAACCUGUCCCAGUCGACGU